ACUCAGUUCAUUGUGGUUCUUUUGCAGCAGACAUGGAAGGCGAUUAGGUCUCUGCGCGUUUAAAGCUUAACCAAAAAUGUAUGAACACUUUAAAUUACUACAGAACCGUACCUGAAUUACAGCAGCACUAUUUUUAAGAGACAUGAGUUCCGAACAUUUAGAAGUGGUACCUAUUCACAAGUACCCUCAAUAUUUGGGGCCAUGCUGCGAGCUUAUCAACAAUGAGUGGCCACGCAGUGAAACAGCAAGGAUGAUGUCUCUUCAAGCCUCUUGCGACGAACUACCAACGAAUUUAAUAUUGAUAAAUAAGGAAAAACAUCUUUUAGGACACUGCAAGCUCACACCCAUACCUAGUAUGUCAAUUAGCUGUUUUAUAGAAACUGUGGUGAUAAGUAAAUCGAUGCGCGGACAAAAAUUGGGCACUUUUCUAAUGAAACAAGUUGAAAAAUAUUGUAAAGAUGUCCUGAAGUUAGAGAUGAUCCAUUUAUCGACUAAAGGUCAAGAGGAUUUUUACGCUAAGUUAGGUUACGAAGUUUGCGCGCCUGUGAGUAUUUAUGGCAGCAGUAUUUCAUACAGUAUAGGAGCUUCUAGGUCUAAAACCACACCAGUGCCAAUACGGACUAUCGACAACUGUGCUGCUUCUAUCGAUAUAGAUAAUAAUGCACCACCACCCCCACCGAUGCCGAAACCUCCAAAUGUUGUUAAUACUUUAAAAAGCAACAGAACGUACAUGUUUAAGAAUUUAGUUUGAUAUACAAAAGCAACUUUUUAGGGUUUCGUAUAGAUGCAGUUGUAAAACGAGGAACUUUCAUAGACAUUGUUUCGUUCGAAAUUAGUUUUUUAAUAUAAUAUAAACGUUCUUAUAUGCGUGACUACGGAAUCCUAUCAUAAGCGUGUUGCGACUUUCAAGUUUCUGACUGGCCAGAUGUAUUAAUUUAUAUUUUGUAAUGUAACAUUUUUUUAUUUACCUUA